AUGUUUGAUCCCGAGAGUUCACGUGCCCCAGUUGUGCAUCAGGAGACAACAGCUGAGAAGUUCUCCCGCCAGCUGUUGGAAUCCGUGGAUAAAUUCCAUCUUCGAGCAAAACAUCGGCAACGUAAUGUUCACAUAGUUAACGCAAUGUCUGCAUUGGAAGUUGGCGGUUUGGCUGGGUCUUCUCGCCUUGACUAUGAUAUUUUACGAGGAUUGAUACGUUCGAAAACCAGGAAGUACAUACCGUACGAAACUUUCCGAGUACGUGGUCUUGCUACAUAUUCGUGUCGCCGUCUAGUCAUGCCAAUGUCACACCAGUUUGUUGCGAUGGACUCACUUUGCACACUUCCAAUAUCUGGGCUUGAUUUCACAGAGAAAAUUAUAAGCUCGUUAAUAGCUGCUUUCCAACCACCUAGAGCGGAUGGUGAAGUUCCUUCAGAACUCCUGAUUGUCCUGUCCAAUCUUGGUCGUCUUCGCUUUUGUGAUCUACGGACUGGAAAUUGUUUGCACACAUUUCAAUUGCCUAUUCGACGAUUUAAAUUCAAACACAUUCACUGGAACAAGGCGUUUUCCGAGGUAUGGCUUCUAGGUAGAGCAGUUUUACCAGGACACGAAAAUGGAUCGGAACGUGUCGGUUCAAGUCCCUCGAUAGCUGUGUUCGAAAUUCAACCAGCUCGAUUCAAAGCUUUACUUCAGCUCGACAAAAAUAUUUUCUACAACGUUUACGCUGCUGGAUUGGAAGACGAUGUGCUGGUAACUUUCAAUACGUCGCCGCACAGCUGUACAUUAUACAGCUUCGAUGAAAUAUACAGAGAGCAUUGCACGCAUGUGUAUGGUCAGUCUUCUUCCAAAGACAGUGAAAUUAUUGGUUUCAACGUAGAAUUAAGAACGAAACCCAAAAGGCUCUUGGACAUCAAAGGUGAUUUUUCUGGAGUGUACUUUGGUGGUUGCUGUAGAGUUAUACUCUGUGAACCGCAAACAUUUCGGGAAAAUUAUGUUCUGCGUGAGAUUUCGAGCAAUGAAUCCCCUGUUCUGCACGACUUACGUUUGCUUGGUCCACAGGAAGGUGUUGCACUGACUAUUGACUGCUCCACAAUGAUGCUCUGCAAAGAUGAUUCUUCGAAUUUUCUGAGAUUUGAGGGAAUCCAUUUAGCUUGUUAUGAAGUUUCCAGUGUGGUAACGAAGCCCUCUCAUAGCGAGGUACGAGUGCGCUGGCGGACAGCAUUGCUUCCUAUGAGACAUUCGUCUACUGACGGACACUGGGUGGCUGGACCAACCUAUCGUGAGUCAGUAAAAACAAAGUUUGGCAGAACUUCUCGUGCCAAUGUGUGUGUUAAACUCGUGGAUAAUGUUCCGGUGCGGGUCAUCAAGUUCACGUAUGAUGGUGGAGCUGAUUUAAUCCAUUUGUUAACACUUUACGACGUAGCUAAUAUUGAUGGCUGCACCACUGCUGGGGCUGAACCUGAUCCGGACUGGAUAACGCUCAUCAUAAGCAUCAGAGGCGUCAGUGGAGAAAUUUACAAAAUUACUCCAGUAAGAAAGGUGGAUAUCGAUGCUUUGAGGAAAGUGGAACUUGUAGGUGAAGACGAAAUUCUAGUGCUUACAUGUUAUGACGGUAAAAGCACUAUCGCCGAAAUGUAUUGUUUGCGAGAAGAAGAUGCAAAAAAGUGGCAGGCAGAUGUUGGUAAGGUUGAAACUUUGGAGGAGUAUACACCAGUUACACUAAGCCGUAAGCAGCGUAGAAAACAGCGUUUGACUCAAAUGAUGGAUAGGUAG